CUUUCAAAGCCUUUAAUAACUUAUUUCUUUCUCUCUGGUCCCUCUCUCCAAUAGAGAGUGGAUAGCUUUUAAAGGUGGGGUCUGAGGGAUCUUUUAUUGUUGUUGUUGUUGGCUUUUGGGAAUUAAAGAAGGGAAGGGAGAGAGAGAGAGAGAGAGAGAGAGAGAGAGAGAGAGAGAGAGAGAGAGAGAGAGAGAGAGAGAGAGAGAGAGAGAGCAAGAGAGAGAGAAAUAUGGGAAGAACACCAUGCUGUGACAAGAGGGGUUUGAAGAAAGGGCCUUGGACUGCUGAGGAGGAUGAGAUUCUUGUUAAUUACAUUAAAAACAAUAAUGGCCAUGGAAGCUGGCGUUCUCUACCUAAGCUUGCAGGUCUUCUUCGGUGUGGGAAGAGCUGCAGGCUUAGGUGGACAAACUAUCUGAGACCAGACAUUAAACGCGGUCCUUUCACUCAGGAGGAAGAGAAGCUCAUAAUACAGCUUCAUGGCAUGCUUGGAAAUAGGUGGGCUGCUAUAGCUUCUCAACUACCAGGAAGAACUGACAAUGAGAUCAAGAACUUAUGGAAUACCCACCUGAAGAAACGCCUGCUUUGCAUGGGAAUUGACCCACUAACACACGAACCCUUCUCGUCGAAUCACUAUCCGACCACAAAAUCCUGUCCUCCAUCUCCAUCCACUCGCCACAUGGCGCAGUGGGAGAGCGCUAGGCUUGAAGCUGAAGCUCGCCUCUCGAGGGAAUCGUCACUCUUCGGCCCCCAACCUCAUACCAAAGCCAAUUCCGACUUCUUUCUCCGCCUAUGGAACUCCGAAGUAGGAGACUCGUUCAGAAAGCUUAGUAAAUUUGGCGAAAAAAUUGAAUGCCAUAGCAGCCCAAUUUCUCAGGCUUCUUCGUCGACAAAGUGUGGCUCAGUUUCAGCCUUGACAACGGAAGUUGAUCCCAACACGGCGGGGUUGGAAACCACUGUUGGCAGCCAAGUUGAAGAAAUGGAGUACUGCAAGAGCUGCAAGUCAAAUGGCGAAGAUUUCAUGGCUGCAGGCUCAGAUUCCUCCAGCUCGAACGACAUGGAGGAUUCGUCGGACACUGCAUUGCAGCUGCUCUUGGAUUUCCCCAUCAACAAUGACAUGAGCUUCUUGGAAGAGAACUGCAGUGACUACGGUGCAGCCGCCGAUCAUGCCAUGCUUUCGGAGAGUUCUUUCAUCUGUCCUCUAUGAAACCUUAGGUAGCUUGACCAUGUUUUGGGUUUUUCUGGUGUUUCUGUUUUGGUCAAGGUUUUAUCUGGCUUGUUUUGAAAAUGAAAGCUGUCAAGUGAGAAGGGCUUACUAGGUCUUUUGGUGUUUUUGGGUUAUAGUUAGGAGGCAAUGCAGUUAUUAAUUACUAGAUUGAUCUGUUUAUCAGAACCGAGUUUGUUAAGGAUUCAGUCUAUGUAUAGGAGACUUACAUAUGAGUAGUAUAUAUUCCUUAACUUUAAUUUUAGAAUCCAAUCAUGUAUUAAUAUCUCAAAUUCAAUCUUGAUGACAUAGAUUAUAUCUCAUAUUGACAUAUUAUUAUUAGUGUUGACCCUGAUCAUCAUCAGUCAAGUACUCUUCUAUGACAGAAAAUCAUGAAGCAGAAAC